AAUAUCCUCUUCCUCUUCCAGCUUAACCCUUUUCUUCUCUACCCUCUCUCUGCCUCCCUGCCUAUUUGCUCCUUCACCUUCUCCUCUAUUUUUCAGCUCUAUUCUGCUCUGCUGCUGAUUCCUGCUUCUGAUUCUCUUCUUCGAUUGCCACGGUUCACCAAUCUUGUUCUUGUCUAACCUUUUUUUUCAUUUUUUGGUGAGAAGAAAAUAAUAGAGUGCAGUUGCAGGUGCUCUUUAUUUCUUGGGCAUAUUAUCCUCUGGGGUUUACUGAACUCAAAACACAGCUCAAAACUUACUUCAAGUUUGUUCAGUGCUGUUUCGUUGUAUGCCCGUUUGGAUUUGGAACGAUAUAUGUGAUUUUUAUUUUAUUUUUUUGAUGGUAGCUUAUGUGAAAUCAUGUAGCUUUAGCUGUUUUUUUAUCUGGAUCGGUUUAGGGAAAAAAUUUCAGAGAUCUAAAGCCCUGGGUUUAGCUGAAAUUUCUGUAGCGGCUGUGUUCAUCUUGGAGGCUUUCUAGAAUUUUUAGGGUUUAAUAUCGUUGAAUUUGUUCAAUUAGUUUUUAGCCGAUGGUUUCUAGAGGUUUGAUUUUGUGGAGUGUUCGUUAGUAGUCAACCAUGGCUGGGAAUGAACAUUUUAGGGUUUAAUUUCGUCCAUUGGUGUAGAUUUUCCAAUAAGUUCUCAGCUUCUUGUAGGCUUUCAAUUAGUUUUCCAUUGAUGGUAUCUCAAGGUUAGAUUUUGUGAAGGGUUCUUUAGUUGUCAACUAUGGCCGGUAAUGAACACUAUUUUGUGGAGUGGAAAGAACAAUAUGUAUCUAAAGAGAGGGGCAAUCGUGUGGUUCACUAUUUUCUGAAGGAUAAUUCGGGGGAAUCUAUACUGGCUGUUGUCGGUACCGAGAGGAGUGUCAGACACAUGUUCUAUGUUGUGUCUGAGGAGUUCCUAAAUGCCUAUGGAUCUGAAAACCAUGCUGGAUUCAGAUGGCGAUCGAGAAGAGAGGUUGUGAACUGGCUUACUUCUAUGUUGUCAAAACAACAUAGGCAUGGAGAUUAUGGAUUCUGCGCUAAAGACGACUCAGCUUCUGAGUUAAAUGCUUUGAAGAUCCAUAUGCUACCUCACAAGGGACUUUUGGCAAGGAAUCCGAAGGGUCGUCAUUUAGAUAUCUCGUGGUCAGGUACUGCAUGGACUUGUGGUAAACAACUAAAGCAUUAUCCUGCAUUUCAGAGGAAUGGAAUUUCAAUAGCAGUACAAUCAUUUGUUUUUGUAAUGGCUGAAAAGGAGAACCGGUGUAUUGCAUAUUUGGAAGAUAUGUAUGAAGACCGAAAAUGCCAGAAAAAGGUCAGAGUGAGAUGGUUUCAUCUCAAUAAAGAAGUAAAGGGAGUCGUUUCGCUACGGAAUCCUCAUCCAAAAGAAGUGUUCAUCACUCCAUAUGUACAGGUUAUCAGCGCUGAAUGUGUUGAUGGUCCAGCCAUAGUAUUAACUCGAAAACAUUUUGAGAAAUGCAUGGCAGUUUUUCCUUCUAGUUUGCUGGGAGGAUUUCAUUUUUGUUUCAGACAAUACAAGAGCAACAGAAUAAAACCUUUCAAAUUGUGUAAAUUGCGUGGGUAUUUUGAUCAACCAAUUUUUGCAUCCUUCAGCCCGGAUUUUUUUGAGGAGGAAGAGUUUGACUCUGAGGAAGAUGUGAAAAUUGGGGCUAAAAGGAACAGAAGUCUCAGAGAGCACCAUAAAUAUGAUCUAUUAUGCAAGAAAUCUGAUGUACUAAGUGGGGAGCCAAAUUUUCUUAAGCAUGUCGAAGGCCACCUCCGGAAUAACUCUGCUUUCUCCAUGAAUGAUAAGGUUGAAUUUCUUUGCCAAGACAGUGGUAUUUGUGGCUGUUGGUUCAGAUGCACAGUGAUAGAGAUCUCCAGGAGGCAUAUAAAACUCAUAUAUGAUGAUCUAACCGAUGAAGAUAGUGGCACCAACCUCGAGGAAUGGGUUCCUGCAUUUAGAGUGGCCAAGGCUGAUAAGCUCGGGAUGAGGCAAAAUGGCCGCCCAACUGUCCGGCCUGCCUAUCCUAUGAAUGAAAAAAGCCUCAUCUUUGAGGUUGGAGAUCCAGCCGAUGCCUGGUGGAGUGAUGGCUGGUGGGAAGGCGUUAUCUGUGGUACUGGUGACUGUAAAAAUGGAGCCUAUCAGAUCUAUAUUCCAGGGGAAAAUUUGCAUUUAAAUGUCGAGCAAAAAGACCUGAGAAUUUCAAAGGAUUGGGUUGGUGAUCGGUGGGUAGAUGUCGAACCCAAUCCUAACAUUCUUUCUCUUAUAUCUUCAACCAGUAUGGAUACGAAGCUCUCGACGUCGUCAGCAGCUGCUCUGAAAGAAGUCAAAUCCGAUCAUUCCCCAACAUCCUGUCACAAAGUCUUCACAAGUCCGAAGCUCAGCGCUGUCGAAGAGGAGAUUGAAGACUUAGAAGGUAUGACGCUGACAAAUGUCCCUCUUAAAGAUGACUGCACUGACGAGGCCCCAAAGCGAACCCUUGAAGCUAAAGAAAGUGAAUAUUGCUCUGAUGAAGCAGAGGAAGAAAAUGCAGAUUACGGCUCUAAUGGUGGUACCCUUAAUAGCAGAAAUGGGGAUGACGACAAUAAUAAUAAUGAUAGUGAUGAUAAUAAGCGACGCCGCAUUGAAGAUGACACUGAAGAUAACAACUUGGUGGAGUGCGAAAUUGCUGAGAUGAAAUGCGACGUAGGGACAAUGAUGGACAUGCUGACUGAAUCUUAAAAAGGUAAGUUUUCCACGCCUUUACAUGUCCGGUAAUUUGAGCGUUGUCGUUACAGUUGUGUUGUAGAUGAAGAAGAUAAGUCCUCAAGUAAAACUUGCUGAAGUUGCUUGGCUAUCUAUCACUAGGUGUACAUGAACAAGAAUAGGUUUAUAUCUUCGGGACUAAUUGCACAUUUGCCAGAAAAAAAAGGCUCGAUUUCUCUCUGUAAUCGAGAGAUGCUAUUGUAUCUGUGUCUCCCAUUGUAGUUAGUUGUAGCCAUAUGAACUUAUAAAACUCCUCUUUUUUUUUAUA